UGUGUGGGGGCAUGGGGGCUGUGUGGGUUGCCAAGCACAAACCUUCCAAAAAGUAUGUUGCCAUAAAGAUAUACGAGCUUGACAAAUGUGGAGAUGAACUGGAGCUUAUACAGCACGAAAUUAGAACAGUGAAGCAGUUACGGCAUCCAAACAUAAUCCAAUACAUGACAUCAUUCACAGCUGCUCAACAGCUAUGGAUAAUAAUGCCCUUCCUCGGCUACACCUCCGCUUCUCGUCUCGUAGCCACUCAUUUCUCUGAGGGUCUCCCAGAGCCUGCACUUGCUCUAAUAGUCAGGGAGGUACUGCAAGGUCUCAGCUAUUUGCAUUCAAAGAAUAUCAUCCACAGAGCUGUUCGAGGAAGCCACAUUCUGAUUGACAGUAACGGACGUGUUAUACUCACUGGCCUGCGUCACAGUGUCACUGUGGGAGAUAACAUGAGAUGGCAGAAGACAGUGCACUGUUAUCCUCCCCAGGCACGCUAUAAUUUGAACUGGGCAAGUCCCGAGCUGCUUGAACAGGAUCUAUAUGGAUACAAUGAAAGAAGUGACAUAUACAGUGUUGGCAUUGUAGUGUGUGAAUUAGGGAAUGGAGAGGUGCCCUAUCGUGGAAUACCCUCAACACUCAUGCUGUUGGAGAAGUUGGAGGAUCGCGUGCCCUUCCUAUAUGAUGCCUCGACGGUGCCACAGAUUGCGGAGAAUGGCCAAGGUUGGGGAAUGGCCACAGACUCAGGCGUUGGAGGGAGUGUGGGAGACAACCUGACCAGCUUGGCCAUCACGCAGCGUCUUUUCUCUCCUGCGGCUCAUGACCUGGUAGCUCUGGCUUUGACCAGAUGCCCUGAACAGAGGCCUACAGCAGAUGAACUCUUGCACCACCAGUUCGUUAGGUACACAAGAAAACUUAAUGGAACUCUUCCACAGUAUCUCCAUCCAGUAGUGCCCAUCACCCAGCAGACAGAAAUAGGUGAUUCUGUUCCAGAUCUUCUUGAAGAAAGUUUAGACCAGAUAAGCUUGAACGACGAAGUAACCUGGGACUUUUAAAUUCACAAAAUAUGCCUUAUUGUAUAUUUAGUCAAAUUAUCAAAUUGUUCCAUUUUAAAUAAAACAUAUAAUUUUCCUUAUAUAUAUAUCUCAUUUUUUUUUUCUUUGAUUAUUAUUUUUUGUGUGUAUGUACAAGUAAAAUACCAAUGAAAUGUUAUAUUGUCUCUCUUCCUCUUUAGGUUGACAGUUAUUGAAGAAAUUGUUAUAUUUUAUCAUGUAAGUGCAGUAUGCUUUCACUUACCUGCUUCUCUAUAUUGUAGCUAUUUACUGUAUAGCUAAUGAUAUGUACUUGUAUGUACAAAUUAGAUUUUUAAAAAAUGUGGCUUACAUAAAAAGAAUGUAUUUUAGGCAUUGUGUAUGAAAAAGAAAAAUAUAUUCAGAAUAUUCCUCUUGAUUAAAAGGGAUCCACAAACAUUUA